UAUCGUCGAAAAAAAGUCUUCAUCGAAUUCAUUGGAUUAUUUAUCGAAAAUACACAACUUGCAACAUGGAAACAAUAAGUGAUCCUUAUCAGAGACAUCUUUUCGACGAUAAUUCUAUAUUUAAUGUCUACAAUGAAGAAUCAACAAACUUAACAGUCGGUGUUCCCGGUCCUGACUUACUCCAAAACUGUGUAGAAAUUAUGAAAAAAGUCACAGAUCAUCGCUUGAAAGAAGAAAAGAAAGAAGGAAAGUAUUAUCUGUUUCAAUAUGGCAUCACAGCAGACUUAUGGGAGUGUCGUGAAGAAUUGGCGAAAUUUUUGAGCAGACGUUACAGCGAUCCUGUGAAACGAGAAAAUUUAAUUUUAACAUGCGGAGCUUCGCAUGGCUUACAACUUUUAUUAAAUACCAUUCUUUCACCAAACGGGAUAAUUUUUGUAGAAGAAGUUACUUACAUGUCAGCAUUAGAUGCUUUCGGACAAUUUCCAUUAAUGAAAAUAGUCGCAGUACCGAUGAAGAACGAUAUGGUAGAUUUAGAUGAAUUUGAAAAAAUAAUUGUGGAAGAAAAAUGCAAUGGUAAUUUUUUAACAAAUGAGCAAAAAAUAUUCUGGGUUAUGUUUUAUACGAUUUCCACUUUUCAUAAUCCGACUGGAUCAACUUUACCACCUGAAAAUUGUAAGCGUCUUGUUGAAAUAGCAAGAAAAAGUUCUAUAUUAAUAGCUUGUGACGAUGUAUAUAAUUUACUGUAUUAUGGGGACGGUUUACCGCCACAUCGAUUAUUUUGCUAUGAUAAAACGGAUCCUGGGUAUGAAGCUGGCAAUAUUGUAUCAAAUGGAUCGUUUUCAAAAAUUUUUUCUCCCACACUUCGCUUUGGAUGGAUUGAAUGUAGUCCACGAAUUACUAAAAUCUUUAAACUUUCAGGAAUCUUGUGCAAUGGUGGCGCAGUUAAGCAUUACGUUUCCGGUGUUGUUACAAGUUUACUACAACUAAAUCUUCAAGAUAAUUAUCUCGAUAAAUUAACUCAAAUAUAUAAGGAACGGCUAUCAAUAUUAUGUAAUGUAUUGGACUACUAUUUACCACGAUGCUGUUCAUAUAAAAGACCAAAAGGUGGUUACUUUGUAUGGACUCAUCUUCCUUUAGAAAUAAAUGCCACCGAUUUUAUUCAAUGGUGUCAGAAAAAAUACAAAGUAUCCGCCAUACCAGGGAUACUAUUCUCAUAUUCAGGGAAAUCUCAUAAUUAUCUUCGACUUAGCAUAAGUUUUCAUAGAAAAGAAGUUUUAGAAACUGCUACAAAAUCACUUUGCGAAGCUCUUCUAGACUAUGUUAGAAAAAAUAUUAACUAUAAAUGAACUAUACUAUAUAAAUGGAAAAUGGCAAUUUUCUAAGUCCAGUUAUGUUAAUGGUUAAUCAAUAUUACAAAAAAUAUAUUGUCCUGCAUGUAGUAAAAAAAUAGAAUUAUAAAAUAGAA